AUGGACAUGAUAACCGCAGUGACUAUUGCUCAAUUCUAUGGUCCACCUCUACAUUGUUUCACGUUUUCUGACUUCCAAUUGGCUCCUACCCUGGAGGAGUUUGAGAGGAUCAUAGGCCGGAAUUUGAAGGAUCAUAAUCCAUUUCCUAAGUUCGAUGAAGAUAUUCCUCCCAAGAGGAUAGCCUUAGCUUUGGGUUUGAAAGUUUUUGAAGUCAUGGACAAUUGGGAUGUGAAGGGAGCUCUCAAUGACCUCCACUAUGCUCUCCACGGUCGUCAUGAGAAGAAGGGAGGAACCAUCUUAUGUUGUGUGCAGUUGUUGCAUGCCUGGUUUAGAUCUCAUAUGCCCGAAGAAGGCCUUUUUGUCUCAAAGGAACUCAAGCCUUCCCAGAAGUUAGCUUCCCUCACCUCCAAUCAUGUUAAGUGGUAUAUCAGGGAUUGGGAAACCGAGGAUGUCAUUGUCAGCAUUGGAGACUUCCCCAAUGUACCUUUGAUAGGAACCAAGGGUUGCAUCAACUAUAACCCCGUGUUAUCUCUGAGGAAACAUGGUUACCCUAUGAAUGACCCUCCAAAAGCUGAAGCUUUAGAGCCUUUCAUCUUACACAGUGCUGAAGCAGAUCAUCCCAUGGUGAAAAAGGUCAAGAGGUCUUGGCAAGCAGUUAUCAGAAAGGGUAAGGAGUUGGAUAAGAGAAAUGUCAUUUCUCAAGAGCCUUACACUUGUUGGGUUAGAGAGAGGGUUCAGAUGGUUAAAAUCCCUUUUCCAUUUAAUCCUUCUAUCUAUCCGUUGGUUCCUGAGCCAGAACCCAUAUUACCUGAAGAUGUGGAAAAGCUCAAUGCCCGUAUUAAGGAGCUGGAGUUGGAGAAUGCUGACUUGAGAAUUAAGCUCGGCCGAGUCUCGAUAGAGAAUGGGAAUUUGAAAGACGGUCAACAAAAGAAGGACAAAGAGCUUGAAAUCUCCAACAAAAGAUCUAGGGAGUUUGAAGCAAGGAGAUAA